UCACGGGUGGGCGUGGCUCCGAGGCUAUAAAAGGCUGAGCCGAGCCCCUUCCGCUGCUGUCACGAGGUCUGCGCGAAGAUGGAUCCGGAAUCCCCUCCCCGCGAGCUGGAGCUGUCGGCGCUGGAGGCCGAGAAGGAGCCGAUGGCGGCGGCGGCCGAGCCGGGCCCCGAGCCGGGGACCCCCGCUCAGGCUCCCUCCCCGCACCGAGACCCCAUCCCCGGGCCCGAAUCGCGGCCUGGCGGCGAGAAGAACGGGCUGGUGAUGAAAAUCCCCCCGGAGGAAGAAGAGGAAGCGGCUUUGGGGGGUCCCGGCCUUUCGGGGAGCCCCAAAUUCACGGGGCUGGGCAAGGAGGAGCUGCUGAGGGAGGCCGGGACUCCGCUCUGGGUCCGGGCCCGCCUGGUGCUGCUCGUGUUGUUUUGGGGGGGCUGGAUCGGGAUGUUGGGGGCUGCUGCUGCUAUCGUGGCUCAGGCUCCUCGCUGCCAGCCCCUGCCCGACAAGAACUGGUGGGACCUGGGGGCGCUUUAUAGAGCCCCCCCCAAAGCCUUCGGGGGAAACCUGAAAGGUGUGGAGAAUCGUUUGGGGUACCUGAAGGAGAAGCUGCAGGUGGGGGGGCUGCUGCUGGGCCCUGUGUACCCCCAAAAAUCUGCAGAGGCCAAAAUUCCCCCCCUGAAGGAGCUGGACUCAGCCCUGGGCUCCAUGCAGGAUUUCAAAGCCCUGCUGGCGGCUGCCAAGGACAAAGGGCUGAAGGUGAUUCUGGACCUGACCCCAAACCCCUCUGGGGGUCCUGUCUGGGGGGAGGCAGCCAAGGACCCUGAGGUGCAGCAGGAGGUCAAGAAUGCCCUGAAGCAUUGGCUGAGCCAGGACAUCGCUGGGAUCUUCCUGGAUGGGAUUGAGGAGCUGCAGCCCUCGCUGGUGGCCGAGUGGAGGAACCUGACGGAGCAGCAGCAGAGCCCCAGCGGGGUGGACAGGGUGCUGGUGGGGGGCACUCGCCUGCAGGAGCCCUGGAACCUCCUGCACAACCCCCGGGGGCCGCGGCUGCUGCUGGGGCCGUUCCUGCAGCGACUCCUGGAGCCUCAACCCGACCAGGAAUCAUCCCAGGGAGCCCUGGGGAGCCUGCUGGGCUUCCUCAGCUCCAACAGCUCCGUGGGGCUGGGAUGGAGCGUGGGGUCCCCGUGGCAGCUGUGGGUGAGCCCCGAGCUGAGGCUGCAGCAGCUGCUGCUGCUCUGGGGGCUCCCCGGGACCCCCGUGCUGAGCUACGGCGACGAGCUGGGGCUGGAGAGGACCCCAAAAAAUGGAGAGCUGCCGCCGAUGCCCUGGGACUGGAUCGAGGGCGUGGAAAAGGGCGGGAACAGCUCACAGGAGCUGGAUCUGUGCAAGGCCCUGGCCUCGCUGCGGGCCCGCGAGCGCUCGCUGCUGCUGGGGGAGGCUCGGGCCGUGUCCACACGCUCGGCCGUCGCCGUCCUGCGCUCCUGGGACCAGAACGAGCGUUUCCUGCUGGUGCUCAACCCCCACAAGGAAGAACUCAAACCUUUUGCUUCCAAACCCAAACCCGAGGGGCCCAGCCUGCCCCCCAAAGCCUCGCUGCGCCUCAGCACCGACCCCGCGGGGUCCGGGGAGCAGGAGGUGCAGCUGGAGGAGCUCAGGGUGGGAGGGCACCAGGGGGUUCUGCUCAGCUUCCCCUACAGCCCUGUGUGACCCCAAACCCAUCCCCCCACACCUGCACUGACCCCCUCCCCCACCAGCCUUGGAUCCCCCAUUUGAGAUGGGGUCCCUCUCUCACUCAUUUUUUGGGUUCUCAUCCCACUCACUGCACCCCAAAAUCGCUUUUUUGGGGUUUUCUUUCUUUCUCUCCACACUCCAUUUUGGGGGUUGCUCUUUCUGUUCUUAGGGGGAUUUGGGGACCUCUCAAAUACUGAAUAAAUAAAUUGCAUUUGUGUUUC